GGAAAGAUCUUCAGUCAGAGCAGUAGCCUGAAUCGCCAUCAGCGAACUCACACAGAGGAGAAACCUUAUAAAUGUAUGGAAUGUGGAAAGAGCUUCACUGACAAUGGAACGUAUACUCAACAUCAACGAACUCACACAGGGGAGAAACCUUAUAAAUGUAUGGAAUGUGGAAAAAGCUUCAGUCACAGCAGUACCCUGAGCUCCCAUCAACGAACUCACACUGGGGACAAACCAUUUAAAUGCAUGGAAUGUGGAAAGAGCUUCACUCAAAGCUCUCACCUUAGUUCCCAUCAACGAACGCACACUGGGGAGAAACCAUUUAAAUGUAUGGAAUGUGAAAAAAACUUCAGUUACAGGGGAUCAUAUACUAAACAUCAAAGAACUCACACAGGGGAGAAAAGUUAUAAAUGCAUAGAAUGUGGAAGGAGCUUCUGUCACAGCAGUCACCUUAGUUCCCAUCAACGAACUCACGCAGGGGAGCAUCCUUAUAAAUGCAUGGAAUGUGGAAAGAGGUUCAGUCACAGCAGUAACCUGAAUAGACAUCACAGAACUCACACAGGGGAGAAACCAUUUAAAUGCAUGGAAUGUGGAAAGAGCUUCAGUCAGAGCUGUCACCUUAGUUCCCAUCAACGAACUCACACUGGGGAGAAACCAUUUAAAUGUAUGGAAUGUGAAAAAAGCUUCAGUGACAGGGGAUCAUAUACUAAACAUCAAAGAACUCACACAGGGGAGAAACUGUAUACAGUCGUGCCUCGCCUAACGAGGAUAAUGCGUUCCAGCGAAAUAGCU